AUGAAAACAUGCCCCAGAGCAGCACUGGAGGUCAUAGUUGACUUGGCACCUCUUCACCUGGCAGUAGAGGGAGCUGCUAAAAGGGCCAUGUUCAGAUUAGCAAGGGAUAGAACGAACAGUAGGGACAUUGAUCAGAGAGCCUGGGUAUCUCAAACAAGAUCCAUUCCCCUGUUCGAUCUUCCCAAGGACGAUAUAACUCGGAAAUAUCACUUUGUUAGGAAUUUUAGUACAAAAAUUGACAGCAAAAGUGACUGGGAAAAUGGAUCUGUCGCCCGCUCUCUUAAACAGAAUACUAUCAAAUGGUACACAGAUGGUUCUAAAACCGAAAAAGGAACAGGAGCUGGAGUACUUGGGCCUGGCACCAAAUACUCAGAGCCACUGGGAAAAUACACCAGUGUCUUUCAAGCGGAAAUACACGCUAUAGAAAGAUGCGCUCAAUUAAUCCUGAACAAAGACUACCUCAAGCAGAACAUUGCAAUCUUCACCGACAGUCAAGCAGCCAUAGCAGCACUGAGUUCACAUGUCAUCAGUUCUAAAAUGGUAAGAGACUGUUUGGGCAAACUUAAUGAGGUAGGAAAGAGAAAUAAAGUCACAAUAUUGUGGGUACCUGGACAUACAGGCAUGCAAGGUAACGAAGAAGCCAAUAUUCUGGCAAAAAAGGGAUCUGGUUCUCAAUUUGUAGGACCGGAACCUUUCUGCGGCAUAGGAAAGAAUACUUACCUAUAUGAGCUUACAAAAAUGGAGGAUCAACUCAGAGAAAGCCUCUGGGAUGAUCAUCCAGGGUUGAGACACUCAGAUGUUCCUUGGAACCCUCGACCCAAAAAAAUCUAA